UGAAUUCUGAGUUUAAUAUCUACUUACAAAUAAAACGCUUAGUUUUUCGGGUCAGAAAUAGUCCAUUGCAAUCAAAAACAAUGGCUAGUUUUUGCCGGUGCUGCUUGGUGGAAGAGGAGGACAUGCUUUACUUGUUUACUGUCCUAAGCGAGUUUGAAAGUCCUGCUAGUGAGCUUAUUUCUAACUGCUGUGGUAUUACGAUUUUAGAAAGUGAUUGCUUUACCAAGGAUAUUUGUAAAAACUGUUUAAAGGAGCUGGUAAGCGCAGCUCGUUUUCGGCGGCUUUGCUUGCAAACCGAAAGCACAUUACAAGAGAAAUUGGAUUUGAAGGACCCUCUAACGGUGCAUUCGGUAGGUCCUGAUCAAUUACAAACCGCAGACGAUUUAAUAGCUGAAAAAUCUACUGAAGCAAUUAUAAAAAUUGAGGGACACGGUAAUCAACUAGAGAUAGAAGAUUUCGUGGUAGAGAAUUCUUUUGAAGAAACUGAGAUUGUGGAAUGUAUUUUAAGGGAUUCUUCCGCUGAGGUAGUAACAGUCGAACAAACCCCAAUCAAAAGCAAUCAAAAUAACCUGACUGAGAAACAGUCCACAGGGGAAGCAGGAAUUGCGCAGGUUGAAUCAGGUCGUGCCUCCGAUUGUUGCAUGUUCGAAUGUGAAUUUUGUAACAAGGGGUUUAUGAAUAAAAGCCACUUUACUCAACAUAGAUGCAUCCAUACGGGAGAAAGGCCUCACGAAUGUGACAUUUGCGGGAAAGCAUUCGCACAGAAAAGCGACGUUCAACAGCAUUUACAAUGCCACACAGGAGAUAGUUUUCGAUUCAGCUGCGGUGCGUGUGGUAAAAAAUUUCAGUAUAAAAUUAAUCUCGAUGUCCACGUUUGUGUUCAUACUGGAGAACGACCGUACAAGUGCAAGAUUUGCCAUAAGGAAUAUGCCCAUAAUGGUACAUUGCGAUACCACUUGAGAAAACAUCAUAAAAUAUGUGAUAGGCUUAAACUUAGCGAAGAGAGUUCAAAUCUGAGAGAUCCUUCUGAAGAAAAUGAAAUCAAUUGUGAUAGGAAACUAAAGGAGGAACCAAUUUCGACAGAAAAUGAUACGAAAAAUAAACGCACUCGUAAGGAUCGUGAUCCACGGCCACAUAAAUGUGAAUUUUGUGGUAAAGGAUUUAUCAACAGUAACCACCUUGUUCAGCAUAGACGUAUCCAUACUGGGGAGAAACCACAUGAGUGCAAAACUUGUGGGAAAGCGUACGCUCAAAAAAGUCACUUGACAGCGCAUAUGCGCCAUCACACGGGUGAUUAUAAUUUCAAGUGUGAUCAAUGCGGUAAAGGAUUUCUAUACAGCGCCGAGUUGGCAACGCACAGUCGAAGUCACACGGGCGAACGACCGCACAAAUGUGAAAUAUGUCGAAAGGAUUUUGUUCAGAAAAGUGCAUUAACGCAACACUUGCGCAGUCACAGCGGCGAGCGAUUGCACCAGUGCGAGCUGUGCGGCAAAGGAUUCGUUCGACCGGGUCAUCUAGCCCAGCAUAUGAGUAUGCACACUGGCCAACGGAUGUUCAAGUGCACAGUAUGCGGUAAAGAAUUCUCACGAAACGGAUAUCUAACUCAACAUAUGCUAAUACACGGCGGUGAAUUAAAUCACAAGUGUGCCCUUUGUGGAAAAGCUUUCCUAUCGAAAAGCUACCUCUCGCAGCAUAUGCGUUUUCACUCGGACAGUCGUCCAUACAAAUGUGAAGGCUGCGGAAAGGGAUUCAUCAACAGGUGCCACCUGAAGCGACAUAUGCGUACUCACACCGGCGAGCAGAUGGCCUAG